CUGGUGUCUAUAUGAAGUGUAUUGUUGAAAAACACAGCUGCCGACAAUGAAAGAAGAAUAUAUUUUCUGCGAUAAUGGUUUUAUAUACCUGUGUUGUAAUAUAUGACGAUCAUACAUAUACAUAACAUUUCAUGGCAACCUAUACAGGUAGACGGGCCAUCAACGUGCACCAAGAAAGUUGUGAUGGCUGCCAACUUGAGCUCUAUAUUGAUUCUAUUCUCUGCUAAAGUUAAAAGGAAACCCAUUUAAUAUGUCAGGGGAACCACCUGUUGGGCACCCAUGUCAUCAGCUAAGCAACCCUUCGGCACAGUUGUUUUGGUGCCGCCACUGUAUGACUGGUUUCCCUGAUCCCAUGCAGAGAUGGCGUCAUAGCAAAGAAUGUAAAGCAAUAUCUACUCAGAAGAAGUAUGGCGGCUACAAUCAUUCGAACCAACAGAUUCAUCCAUUUUUGUCAAAGUAUGAAUCCCCUACGCCUUCCCCUCAGAGUGAGACUUCAACUCCAAAUAAAAAGAAAAGGAUGGACAUGAAAUGUUACAUCUGUAAAAAAGAAUUUAUGACGAUCAACGAAAUGAGAGAUCACGUCAAACGACCCUGUAACAAACCAGAAAUGAAAAAUGAAUUGAAAGAUACUUUCGAUUCAUUGAUUUCAGCCAAUGAGGAAGAUUCGGACGAUAGUGUGUCACAAAAUGAGGACAAGGUCACAAACCAGAUAGAAACACUUUUAAAGGCAGCACAGAUAUUACAACAAAAGAAAGAUCAACUAAAACAAUUUAGUAAUUCGAAUGGUACCUCAGAACAGAUAUCUGUGUCAGAGAAUUCAGACAUUGAUCAGGACUCAUCUGACCUCAAGUCUCAGUAUACCAUGUUGGAUCUAGUUAAAAAAGCAAAAGUGGAAAGAAAAAAGAAUGGUUCUCACAAGAAACUAGAUGGAAAUUCAGAGGAUGCCAACAGUAGUCAGGUGAUGAGAAAUGCAGAUAAGCUGGACGAAGCCCUGAAAAUCUACGAUUUUAUUUCCGAUACACCAGAACCUUCACCACAUUCUCUGGAAGCCUGUGCCUCAAAACCAGAAAUGUCUCCGCUGCAUCUAGAGCAAUCACCAUGCCAGCAGGUUCAAUCUCCUCAUAGCCAGGAGGUGCUACAAUGUGAUCUAGAAACAACCAUUUGCAAACCUGAUGCAUCCCCUUGUAACCCAGAUCUUGAAAAUGAUGGCAACGAAAUAUCCACGGAAUCUCUUAAUAAAACAUACAUUGUUUCUAGUCAUCAACCACAGACAUCUGAUUGUAACAAAAUACCCAAAAUAACUUUGAAAUUAGUCACUGGAGAAAAACCUAAAUCUGAAGUGUGGGGAAUAGGGGCUGCUCUUCCUAAACGAAUUAGGAAAAGGAAAAGCAAAGACUUUUUUGACGAUUUUCCGACAAAAGUUAAAAAGAAGGAAAUGACCCUUAAAGAAAUGCAGGAAAAAUUGUUAAAAAACAAAGUAAAACAAAAGAUUGACAAUAGAAUAAAAUUAAAAAUAAACAAAACGGAACAGUUAAUAACAAAUGUGAAAGACGUAGAAACAGAAAAAGAAAAAGAAAGUCCACCUGAAGGUGAAAAUGAAAGUGAAAAUAAAAAAGAGGAAAAUAAUAACAAAACAAAAAGGAAAAAUGAUGUAAAAACGAAGACAAAAGAAGCAAAAAACGCUAAAACUUUAAAGACUAGAAAUGAUGGGAAGAAAAACUUGGUUGUUGUUUUGACUGACUGCCUAUCAAAUGAGAAAUCAGCAACAGAUUCUAAAAAGGCAACGAGGGCUGCUAAAAGUGUUAAAAAAGCUGUUAAUGGGAAACCGAAACCGCUAUUAAAAACAAAAGUUUCUCAAAAACAGAAAAAUGGGAAAGUUUGUACAAGAGAAAGAGCAGUAGUGAAUUCUAAUAAGGCAAAGGAUAAGAAAAGUAACAUUAAAGAAGGUAAUAAGACUGUUGACAAGAAAACCGAAAAGUCCAAAACAGCUGUGUUGAAUAGUACUAAAACAAAACCGCAAAGUAAACAAAAACCAGCCACAAAACCCAAAGUACCAGAUGGUAAAAAGAACAUGGCUCAAAAAUUGAAAAAUGAAAAGCCUGUAAAAUGUAAAGCUUGUGAAAGGACAUUCAAAACAAGGGAUAUGUUGAUUAAACAUAAUCAGAUUCCGUGUAGAAUGCGAAACACAAGAACUAUGACACAGAUAAUAUUAAGACCGAAGAAAAGUGUUGUCCACACCUUGCCUCUAACACAGAGACAGAUCAAUGCGGCUAAAAGACGGAAACAAAUAGCUGGGAAGUUAAGUAUUUUGGACAAUUCAACAAGGGGUACUGGACAGUCAGAAAGGCAAUCUGAAAAACAGGAUAAACCGAAGAAAUCGGCGAAAAGUCGGAAACGCCUUAUAUCACCUUACUUCACAUUUUGUAUUACUCCAAAAGAUAAAAGUCAAAUUUUUGAACCCUUAGACUGUGAAACAUUGUCAGAAAAGGAUAGAUAUUUCUAUAAGUUGGGAAUGUUUUCUGUUGCCCUUAGAAAAACAAAUGAACAUGCUGAAGAAAAAGUUGAAAACACUGAAGUUGACAACAAAACUGAAGUCAGUGAAGAACUUAAACCAUGUGAGAUAACAAUUGAUUCUCAUACAGAUGUUCAGUCUCUUCCAUCGUUUUCUUCUACUGGGUCAGAAAUUUCGCCACCGAUUCUUGAAAAAGUAUCAGAAAUUUCUAAAAAUAGUGAUGUUCAAAAGGAAAAUAAUUCAGCGAAAGUAAUCAUUAGUCAGGAAAGUAUGGAUCCUCCAGACUUAGUAAAUAUUCUUAGUGCUACAGAUGUUAAAAGGCAUGCUCGUGACACUUUUAAGACAUCUUUGUCAUGUCAGGAUCAGUUGGAAUUGACUAGUUCUUCUCCGAGUGUCACACCUCUUGUAUUGAAUGUUGUGUCAGUUACCUCACCUUACAAUGGACAGCCUUGUCAAACACCACCAUCAGAUGGUGCUGCUGGCCUUUUAGUAGAAAUUGUAAAAUCGCCGACAAUCACAAAUGGUGCUUAUUCUAGUAUUGAUCUUAAUUCUAGUCAGGAAGAAAAACUCUGUAAGACAGUUACAGAAAUUGAAAAUGAUAAGGAAAAUAGGGGAGAUAAUAUUGUGAUGCCUGAAAUUAUUAAAAGGGAUGUUGGUGUAUCGUGCGACGGGGAUGACAUUCUAAAAGAGAUGGAGAAUUGUAAAUAUUUUGAUGGAUUUAGUGUUGGUUUGAAGUUAAUAAAACCGAGGGAAAAAGCACUUUUGGAAAAAAUAAGUAAAGAUGCUGAGAUAAGUUCACAAACUAGGUCAUCGCAUUGUGUUGCCGAAACGAAAUUUGGUACAAACAGGAAGUUGACAUAUACGGUAACUCUUGGCAUUCAGACUGAAAGAAGUUUUUUGAAAAUGAAACCAAAACCUCUGAAAAGUACAGAAAAAGAUAGCUUAAAAUGUAAAGAAUCACUAUGCUUGGAAAAUGAAAACAAGAAACAUGCUAAGUGUAAAGAGAAUUUAAUUCCAGAGAAGGAAAACAUGAAAAACAAAGAAUUGAUCUCUUUAGAGAAGAGUAAUGCAAAAAGUAAAGAAUCACCCUCUUUGGAGAAGAGUAAUGCAAAAAGUAAAGAAUCACCCUCUUUGGAGAAGAGUAAUGCAAAAAGUAAAGAAUCAACCUCUUUGGAGAAGAGUAAUGCAAAAAGUAAAGAACCAGCCUCUUUGGAGAAGAGUAAUGUAAAAAGUAAAGAAUCACCCUCUUUGGAGAAGAGUAAUGCAAAAAGUAAAGCAUCACUGACAUAUGACAAAGUAAUUAGGAACAAAAGUAAUUCCAACUUAUCAGGACUAAAAAGUACUGAAAACGUGAAGGAGAAACAAGAGGAGAGAAACCUUUUUCAUUCUAUUGCAGAUCUUAUAUCUGCACCCGUUGAAAAGAAAAGUAUAACUCCACAAGAAGCUCUUUUUGAUUCUAUUCUCCCAUCACCUAAGGUCACUUUUGACGAUAUAUUAAAAAUUGGAAAUGCAAACUUAAAAAAUCAAAACUAUGAGAAAACUGAAGAUAUAUCAGAUAGGCAAAGUAUUACUGAAGUGGAAAUUGUCUUACCUAAAGGUUCAAAAAUUGCUCAACUCUGUACUGACAUCGAUUGGCUGGAAUCUGCUGAUCUUCGUCCGGUGAAAUCAACACCCAUUCGUCAAAGAGACAAUGUCAGCAGAAUAGAAAGUGGUAUAUCAGCAUCAUCCUUUUCAAGGAAAAAUUUUAAUUAUGAUAUUGGACAAAAAGUUACCACAAGUAGCUCUGAAACGGAUUUAUUAUUUAUGAAUAAGGCCAUUCCUAACUUUUGUGAGAGUAAGCAUGUAUGUGAUAUAUUUGUUAGUUCGACUCCGAGCAUUGUUUUUAGUGAUAGUCAGAAAUCUGUUAAAGACAGGUCAAAACCAGAAGAGGUUUAUGUUUAUCCGAAUAAACCAAUUAUGUCCACUGAGAUCGAUUCAGUGUCGGUCAAAAGAGCUCAGCCUUCUAAAGUUGAUGAAGAGCUGAACAAGAAUAGCUCAAAUAAUUUGUUAGAAUUAAUUGCUAAGACGAUGGGUACUAUUCCUGAAGAAGCUAAACAAAAAUUUGAAAAGUCAGUGAUGUCUUUACUCACCAGUGCUACUUCACCUAUGGACACUAUGGCUGGUGGCGCCACCACUAAGUCAAAAAGGUCAAAAGAAGGUCAGAUUAUUAUUAUGAAUAAUACAGCUGAUUCUGAUCUGUUUUCUUCUGAUAUAACUGUUAUAGACGAUGAACCUAUGACCAACGACCAUAUAGCAAAAAGGAUUUGUAAUGAUCGUGUGAUUAGGCCUUCAAAUUUCUGUACUGCUUCGAAGUUCGAAAAUAAAUUGGAGAAUAAAUCAUUGAGGGAUUCUUCAUCAAGAAACUCAGUAGAUUUUAAACAAUAUCAGGAGAACAAUUUCUCAAAUAAAACUUCAAAUUUCUGUACUGCUUCGAACUUUGAAAUUGAAUUGGAGAAUAGAUCAUUAAGAGAUUCCUCAUCUAGAAACUCAAUAGAUUUUAAACAAAAUCAGGAAAACAAUUACUCAAAUAAAACUGUUGUACACUCUUGGAUAGAUGAAAUGAAAAGUGAAACAGGCAUUCCAAAUGAUGAUUCUUCUGAACAGUUUCUCAAAUUCUUCAGUUCGGCCAAUAAAUUAGAUGAUGCCAAAACUAAUUCAAGAUCAAUGACAAAUUUUAUGGAUAGCAACAACACUUUUAAACCUUUUUCUUUUUCUGACACCAAAAGUACUUGCGAGCAAUCUCAAACACCAAUUUCUCAAAACAGCAAAAUGACCACCAAGCCAGUUCCUACAUUGGUAUCUGAAAACAGCAGAAACAAUCUAUUAUUGACACCACCUAUGCGCUACACUGUUUCAAAUUUUAAUGUCAAGCCAGAUUCUUUAGCCAGUAGAAGAAGGUCACCUCGACCUCCAAACAUCGUAACAAAUAAUCAGGGUCAACUAAAUGUUUUAAACAAUGGAAAUAAAGAUGACAUACAUGACAUAAGUGAUACAGAUUCUCCUACAUUAGUAACAAACUUUGACUUUGAAGAUUAUGCAGAACAUCUGAAAGAAGAAACAUUUUUUACAACAGAUUCAUUAUCUCCGAUUCGGCCGGUUUCUAUAAUACCUUCAAGUGAGCAACCUUUAUCUGACAUUCUUUUUAGGAAAUCACCUGGACCAUUUAAUUAUUCAAAGAAAGGAAAUGCUGCAGUGAUUACACAUAAUGUGGCCCCACUUAAUUUAAUGCAAUCGCCUAAUAAUGCUAAAACUGUUCAGAAGUCAGACGCAUUUUUGAAGCCUUUAGCUAUUGACUGCAAUCAGAGUAUAAAAGAAAAUGAAAGUUAUAUUUGUGAUAUUUCUCCACCUCUAGAAGGACCUACUCACAUUUCACCCAUAGAUUUGGCCAAAGUGGCUUCUGCAAAAAUGACCAAUGAACUGAUUUUAAAAAGUCAAGGAUUUGGGCAUCAUGGUUUAUUACAGCUUUCUAAUAGGUCAAUGCCUUCUCCUAAUAUAGCAUUAUUACAACAGAAAAGUCCGCAGAUAUAUGGCUCACCUAAAAACUUCAGUCCACUAGGAAAUGUUGACCAGCAAAAGAGCAUACAGGAUUACCCUCCCAUCAUUCAGAGAGGGAAUUCUCAAGACAGUUCCAUCCUUAAUAACCAGCAUACUCAUUUUGAUACUAGUUUCUCUCCUGUGCAGUUUAUUGAUGUACAUUUAAACACAUACAAACCUAAUUCUAUUCCCUCGUCUAAAGCCUUUUCUCAAAAUAGGCAACAGCCUGCUGCUCCGUCACCUGAUGUUGAAAGAUGGGACAAAAGACAAAAUGUGAUUGUUUCUCCAUCUUUCAAUCAGAAUAGACCCAAAAAUGUUAAAAAUGGACAGGACCUUAGUAAGCAGAAGCAACGCCAUAAUGUUAAUAUUUUAAGAAAUAACAAUAAACCUCACGAAAGACGACAAAGUUUACCGGCAAAAACUAAUUAUUUGAAUUCAAAUCAACAACAGUCAAUGCCACCAGAAUAUGUUGUGUCUGAGAAAUCACAUAAUGCAAGUAUGUCAACAAAAUCGAACAAUUAUGUCAAUUCUUGCACAGAGCCGCAGGAUGCUAUUUUAGACAUGAUUGAUAAAUCAAAUAAAUUUCAGAAUCAUUUUGUGCCUAAAAAGAAUGAUAAAAUACAGCCGAAUUCAAAUAAUAUGGAUAAAAUUCAAGAUCAGUUCUCUGAAAGGAGAAAAAGUGUUCAUGAUUCUAGUGUUCAAAAUAGGAUGGAAAAAUUACAGGAUCAUUUUAUUCCGAGUAAAAUGAAUAAAAUUCAGGAACAUUUGAUGUCUCAUAAAAGUGAUAAAGUUCAAGAUCGAUUUUUAAACAAAAAUAAGGAUGAAGUUCAAGAUCAUUUAACAUCUAGUCCAACAUCAAAUGUUAAUCCCAGUUUUCAGUAUCAACGAAAGCAUCCAAAAAUGGCUGCACAUCAUAGGCAAUCGCAGAUGAAAAAUUCUGACAGGUCAUCAGUAGACAGUCCUAAAUCUAGUUCAAAAAUGGAGCCUUAUUCAAGAGUUCAUCAUGUUCCACAGCAUGAGGCCUUAUCUCAUAGUCAAAGAAAAUAUCAUGACCAUUCUCAUGAAAAAUCGAAAUUUCAAAACACAUCACGAAUACCUCAUCAGGAAAUGUCAACACAUUCUUUGCACCAAAAGGAACAAACAGUGAGCAAGGGAAGAAUUGAUAAAUUUCAACCAGUAUUACAGCAAUCAGAACCUCUGUCCCUAAGUACUAGAGUACGUACAGAACAGGCACAUCAUCAAUCAAGCUUGUCAAAUAUGCAUAGAAGUCAAUCAUUUGAUCAGCCGCAUGUAAAAAGUCAUUUAAGUUAUCAACAUACUCCUCCUUGUUCAGAAAAGUCUGCUGUUUGUUCACCAAUACCAAGUUCAUCCGCAAGCUAUGUUGCCUCUUCUAAAGGAAGUGUGUUUGACUUCCAAAAUUCAAUACAUUCUGUUCGACAGAUCAGUAACCAAGGACUUUUGUCAAGUUCGAAUCAGGGUUUAGAAUUUACAGGUUUAAUGAACAGGGAUAGAUUUAGUAAUUCACAAGUACAUCGUCAAAUGAGUGCUCCGUGUAAUUUAACAAACAAACCUAAAGUCUCAUCAAAUGUUGUGCCUAACACAGACUAUGAAGAUGUGUCAUCCCCAGAGGAGGUUGAAGUUUACCCGACUACGCCUCAGAAAAAAGAAAUACCUCAGAAGUUACUGCCUCCGUAUCAGCUAGAAAAUGAAACAAUAUCAAUACAUUCUAGUGACAAAGGUCAAAGUUCAAGGGUAAACAUUCCUGAACAUUUUGACUUUAAAUCUAGUCUUAAUCCUAGAGUGCAAUAUGUAGGACAAAGAAAUGUUGAUUCAGGGAACAGGGUGUUUCAGGAACAAAGACGAAUGCCACCAAAUUUUUAUCUUCCUCCACGGCUUGUACAUAAACCAAGUGAUAUGUUUGACCCCUCUGUGCAGUUUGAAUUUGGUACAGGGGAUAUAUCAGACUCCAUUUUAGACAACAUUUGAUGAAAUUUUACCUAGAUAAAAACAGGUCAUAUAUUAUUACACCACUCAUUGAGUUUGGUGAUUUUACGCCAGUUGACCAAAUUAAAUUGCCAAAACAAUCACUUUUUGUAAACUACACACAUUUUCUAAUUUGACGUUGAAGUAUAACAAAAUAUGUUUUAUUUUUUUUAACUGGCAGAAAAACUUAAGAUUGUUGUUUUUAUACAUAUUGUUCUCAGUCUUGUUAAUGAAAAAACUUUCUCCUUUUACCUUCAUGUUUGUCAGAGAUAUGGCUAUCAAAUUUAUGUAUUUGAACAAAAAAAUGUUUGGCAACAAUUGUUUUUUCAUUGUUAUGACGAAAUUAUUACGAAAUUAAUGUAGUAAAAUAAGCAACUGAAGUUAAUUGCAUCCUUAUUUUUUCUUUCAAGAUUUUUUUUUUUGGGGGGGGGGGGAUAUAAUGAUAAAUUUUACAACACUGUUGAACAUGAAAACUUUUCUAUUAUGCAGUCAGGAAUAAUAUUGUUAAAGUUAAAAUUGAACUUUAAACAAAUAGUAUUCUACCUUUUUAUCUAUACAAAUGGCAAUCUAGAUUUUAGGCAUUAUUUGUUUCUGUCAUACCAAAUAUUAUUUUCCCAGAAUAAACCUAUAAUAAUAAAUGGAAGGUUCUUUUGUGUACUGUAUAUGUUUUCUUAAGAGAUGACAUUUUGAUGGUAAAUUUUUGGUUGUAUUUUAACAUAGUGCUAUAUUUUUGUGUAUUGCUUAUUUAACAGUGCUUGGACAAAAUUUUUAGUAUUUUAAAAUUUUGUUAAGUUUUUAGUAGUUUAUAUGUGCCAGUAUCCCAUCAAUUGAUGUCUCGUAUUUAAAUCUCACAUUUUUAGAGAAGUUGAAAUGUUGUGUUUCAGAAUUGUUUAUUUAACAUAAUUAAAGUUUUUUUGUGUUUUUAUGUACAUAGUUUGUAUAUAUAUUUGAUGCGUACAAUAUCAACCCUAAUUUUUUUGUGUAAAUGUAGUGAAUGAUUUGAAAUGGUUUAACAUAUUUUUAAAGAAAUCAAAAACCUUAAAUCACAUAUAGACAGAAAACAGGGGCAGAUCUAUGGUAUAAGGAAAGGGGUGUUUUAAGUGCCCAUAAUUGUAAAAAGGAUGGCAGGUAAAAUUUUAUUGACAAUUUUGUAUAAAAGAAAGGGAUUUUUUAAUCAAAGGGCUUACAUCCUUUAUGUUGAAAAUAAGUUGUCAACUUUGAGGUGAGAUGAUAAAAUGUUUUCAAAUUCACCUGAACUAAACAGGACUUUAUUUAUACAUUGAAAACAUCCAUGGUCUGCAUUUCGAAAUUAAGGUAUUUUCUGUUUGAUAUAUAUACAUGUAUCUUGAUAUGGGCAUUAUAUUUUUACAUACAGCUAUAACUACAUCAGUUCAAUUUCGCAGUUUCCUUUGUUGUGCAGAAACAUUAAAGAUGCUUAUAGAAAAAGAUUCAAUCCCUAUCAGUGGCAGAUCCAGCCAUUUUAAAAAGAAGGGGUUCCCAGCCCAGGUCAAAGGGGGAGUUCCAACUCUAUGUCACUAUUCAAAUGCAUUGAUCCUCCAAAAAAGGGUGGGUUCCAGAACCCUCCCCUUGGAUCCGCCACUGCCUAUUACUCUUUUUAGUUUGGCCUGGUUGUCAUGGUUUAAAGGUUGUAUUUUUAGGAACAAUCAACAUUCACUCAGAAGAAAAGGUAAAUAGCAAAAUACAUUUACAUUUUCUGUGUAAAUGAUAUCUGUUAUUUCUGAGUGCUUAAAACAAGUUAACUGCAUGUCCACUGUUUCCCACAUUGUAAGCAGAAUAUAUUAUCUAGAAUCUUCAAAUAGGUAUAUUACUGAAAGAUUAUUUUAUCAUUAAAAGAUAUUAAACCACUUUGAGUAAUUCCCAAAAAACAAGGGUGUAUAUAUUCCCCCAUUUGAUAAAAAAAAAUCAUUUUUUUGCAUUAAAUCUUCAAAGUAUAACUUGCCUGGUUAUACUUUACUCUAUUUUAUCAUUGCAAACAAUAAUGCCCCUUUAAAAUCAUUGGAGUUGGCAUCUGAUGAAUAUUGUAAAACCUGUUCUUUACAAAAAACACAUC